UGAGGGGAUGAGAAAAUAACACUCUCCCGUAACUAACUCUGUUCGACAUCUAAUCAGUAAUUUCCCGCCAAAAUUUAAAAAAGAAAAAUACCAAAAGAAUUUCGACGCAAUUUCCAUUUCGUUCGGUUUCGAAUUCUCUCUAUAUAUAAGCUUCAUUCUUCCCUCCCAUUUCACAACAACUUCUUUUUCAAUUCUCUCUCUCUCUCUCUCUCUCUCUCUCUCUCUCUCUCUCUCUCUCUCUCUCUGCCAUUUUUAGAUCAGAAAUCAGGAAUAGCCAGCAUGAGAGGUCCCAAAUCAGCUGCAAUUGCUCACAAGAAGCCUGACACUGCGAUGCUGAAUAAACGGAACGCAGUGAAGGAGAAGAAGGCAAGCAAGAAGAACUCUGAUGCUCCGAAGCGUCCCGCCGGUGCCUUCUUCAUUUUCAUGGAGGAGUUCAGGAAGUCUUACAAAGAAAACUAUCCUGAUGUGAAGGCUUGCUCAGCAGUAGGAAAAGCUGGCGGUGAGAAGUGGAAAUUGAUGUCUACUGCUGAGAAGUGUCCGUACGUUGAAAUGGCUCUGAAGAGGAAAGUAGAGUAUGAGAAAGCUGUGGAAGCAUAUAAGAUCAAGCUUAGUGAUAAUGGUGAGGACGAAAAGACUGAAGAAUCUGAGAAAUCGAUCUCAUAUGUCCACGAAGAAUCGGGAGAGAACGAUAGUUCUUAGUUAUUACUUUUUCAGACAAACAGGUAGAGGCUUUAUGAACUCAAUAAUUAGCAUGAAUUGGAGUGACGUUGUGGAAGGUUCACUGUCGUUUGCCUACAUUUAGGUAUUAGUAAAGAAAUGUGGCGACAUCAUUGUUCUCUUAUCUUUUUUUUUUUCUUUCUUUCUUUGUAAAUGCUUUCUGAACCAUGCUUAGCCCUGUUGUCAAAUGCUCUGCUCUGAGCAUUUAUUGCAUAUUAUUAGACUGGAACGAUAUAUGGAAAUUGUAGUUAGACAAAAUGUUGUGCCCAGCUGAGAAGUAUGAAGUUGUUGAUAAUAGAAUUCUACUAUUGUUGGCUUGAUAUAAA